AUGCAUCCAGUAUUUGAGAUCCCCGAGCUGGUACUUGCGAUCUACGCGCAUCUGGAUAAACGCCCAGACCAGCUCUGCCUCAUGCUCCUCUGCGAGACGACAUUCCGCAUUGUCGUUGAGGAGAUGUGGCGAGAUCUCUACGAUCAUUGGCAGAUCAUGGACAUGAUCCCCAAAGAUGUGAAGCUGAACGUAGCGGACGAUAAGGUAGUUGUCUGCGCCACUAGCUCUGACUCAUAUAUUAAACAUUGUGCUUACAAGGUCUGGCAAAUCCCGGAGGAGGUACAAGUGACCCGUCCUCUGACCGAGAAAGAGUGGUCCCGCCUUCGACUCUAUCUACAACACGUUCGUCAUCUCAAAGUCACCGAAUCACUCGUUUUCGCGAACGAGCCGCACAAGCCCAGCUCCUUCUCCCGGCCUUUCCUGACCCUUUCCACUUACCGAGGUGAGGAACCGCUCCUGGCAUCCCUGAACGAUGUGGAGCUUGAUAUCAUCUCUUGGUUUGCGCAUGUGUCUGCGGAGUUCCUCAUUGCUCGCCCGUUGAGGAGUAUCAGCCUCGUCAUGCGGGUUCAGGAGAAGGAUCCCAUUCUGCCGCUUGCCCAACGACUACUGGAUCUUAUCGCGGCUCGGAGCUCUCGCCUGGAAAGCCUGCGGCUUGAACGAGGCGAGAUCGCAAUGGCCGACGAAUUCUAUGAAGGAUGGGAAGACCUGUUAGCAACCCUGAUCGGUGGCCUGAAGCAUAAAGCCACCAAACUGCGCAAGAUCGACUUAUCACCCUUCGGCACUGGCCGGCUUGUGAUCCCAGCUCUUGCGAGUCUCGAUGGCCUGAAGGAGCUUACGUUGACAUGGGCCCAGCGCAACACCUCCCUGUCAUUCCAGUUACCGAACGACUCGUUCCAGAGCCUCACAGCGCUCAAGAUGAACACCGAGUGGAGUCCUCUUCUCAAGCUGCUUCCCUUUCUCGAAAACAUACACUCCAACAGUAUGGAACGGAUUAAUGUUCUUAUCAAUCAAGACCUCAAGGAUGUGGAACAGAUCAAUCGCCUGGUUUCCCAUCAAUGGUCUAAGACACUGACCCAUUAUCAUAUGGAAUGGACCCCUGUCGGCGCAGAUGUCUCCAAUUCCUGGGACAGGGUUCUCGGUUCCAUGCUGCCUGUCCCGUUCGCUCACCUCGUCCCGUUGCUUGAAUGCCACCAGUUACAAAGGCUCAGCCUUCCACUGCAAUACCCAUGGGAUCUGACGGAUGACCGUGUAGGCAUGCUCGUGCGUUCCCUCCCCAACCUCUGGAGCCUUGAACUAGCGAGCAGCAUCAAAUGGACGCCCGCGGAGCACACACCCGCAACAACCAUCCGGUGCCUGGAGCUCAUCGCUGCGGGGCUGCCCUAUCUGAAGUACUUGACGCUCGACAUCAACCUUGCCGAUCCGUCGCUCGAUGACGAUGACUUGAAGCGAGCCGCGAAUCCCAGGAUACGCAGAUUCCACAGCUUCGUUGUUGGAAAUGCGCCGGCCACGAUCAUCAAGGAGCGCACGCACAAGCUGUUCCCUGGUCUGACGAAGGUUGUGGUUGAGGGGUUGGACGUUAAUAAUGCCUUAACUGGGACGGCGUGGGGAUAUAAAGACGAGGAGGAUAUGUGGUAG